AUACAAUGUUCAGUGUUUUAGACAUUGUGAAUUCAGACAUUGUAAAUAAACUAACAAUGGAUAGUUUAUUUAUGCAAAAUACUUCGGAGGAGUUGGACGAUAUACCGCAAACACACGAGCCAGUAUGGAUACUCGGGAAAAAAUACAACGCAAUGAAAGAGUUGGAAACAAUAAGAAGAGAUAUAAAAUCGAAGCUAUGGUUCACUUAUCGCAAAGGUUUUAUACCAAUCGGCGGAAACAGUUCCGCAUUUACAUCUGACAAAGGAUGGGGUUGUAUGUUAAGAUGUGGACAAAUGGUUUUAGCACAAGCGUUAAUUGCACUUCAUUUAGGACGUGAUUGGCAAUGGACACAAGAAACAAAAGACAGUACCUAUUUAAAAAUCUUAAGUCGAUUUGAAGACAGAAGAACGGCACCAUUUUCUAUACAUCAAAUAGCACUUAUGGGAGCAACUGAAGGCAAAGAAGUUGGUCAGUGGUUUGGUCCAAAUACCAUAGCACAAGUAUUAAAAAAGCUAGUUGUAUACGAUGAAUGGAGUUCAAUAACUAUUCACGUGGCGCUUGAUAACACAUUAAUUGUCAAUGAUGUUUUGAGGCAAUGUAGAGUUGAAGGAGGAACGACAGCUGUUGAGGUUGAUGACGAUGAACCUUUAAGAGCACCUAGUCAAUGGAAACCUUUAUUACUUUUAAUACCACUAAGAUUAGGCUUGAGUGACAUCAAUCCAGUUUACAUUAAUGGCCUUAAAACAUCUUUUAAAUUACCGCAGUCUCUCGGAGUCAUAGGAGGAAAACCAAAUCUUGCAUUAUAUUUUAUCGGUUGUGUUGACGAUCACGUAAUUUAUUUGGAUCCUCACACGACCCAAAGAUACGGUUGUGUAAAUCAAAAGCUAGAUGAAAACGACAUUGAAAUGGAUUUUACGUAUCAUUGUAAAGCUGCAAGUCGAAUUCCAAUAACAGAAAUGGAUCCUUCAGUAGCACUUUGUUUUUUCUGCGCUACGGAAAAAGAUUUCAAAUCAUUAUGUAGAUCAAUGCAAAGUGAACUCAUUACUCCUGAAAAGCAACCUCUUUUUGAAUUGUGUGCUGAACGUCCCGCACAUUGGUCACCAGUUGAUGAUGUUGCUGCUGAGGCAUUUGGAGUAGCAUCUUCAAAUCUUUUAGGCUUUGAAAAAUUGGAUCGGCAAUACGACACAUCGGAUGAAGAGUUUGAACUUCUGGGAUGA